ACAAUGGAAGUUGUUGAUCUCAAUCUUUCUACAAUUUGUAGACUUUGCGCUGAAAAUAAUCCAAAUGGAGUUCUUUUGUUCGACGAAAAUUCAACUGAUGGGGACCUUGGAUCUUUCAUCAACAUGUACCUCCCUUUCAAGGUGCAGAGCGAUGGAAAACUGCCUCAAACAAUUUGUCCUGGUUGCAAUAUUCAAGUACAAGCAACUGUGCAGUUCUUUGAUCUGGUUAUUGAAGGACAGAAGAAAAUCCGGGAAAUGUGGAAGCAACAGGUUGCUCGUAAAAAGAAGACAGAAAGGGAGACACCCUCCAGUUCUCAGUUACCUAGAGCAGCCGCUACGGAAGGCACAUCGAACAAUGUGUCCGAACACUCGUACAGCCAAGAGGAGAUGUUAACUACUGCCACAGAGGGGGCGGAGUUUGUGGAAGGAUUGUUGGAAGAUUACGAACCUCAGCUUAGUGUGGAAGUUUUUGGUGAAAACGGAGCUAUGUAUAAACCAGAAGAACCAAUCGUUUUGAAAGCUGAAGGUCUCGAGAAGCCCCGAAAAAAGAGGGGAAGACCUAAAAAAAUUGCUCAAAGUGCACCAGACGUCCUGAACGAAAACUCGGCUGAUGUUGUUGAUGAAGAACAGAGGAAAGAUGAUAAAAACAACAAGGAUGAUGAUGUGGAAGGAAGAACUCGAAGAAAAAGAAAAAUUCCCCAGAGGUACAAAGAAGCAGUUCAAGGCAAGGAGUUGGAGAGGAUAUUCAAGGAGGAAGGAGUUAUUGACGAGGAAGAAGAGAAGGAGGCAGUAACAAUAACUUUGGAAGUGCCAGAAGAACCUCCCGUAGCAGCUAGUACUGUGGAGCCAGUUAGUGAAGUGAUUGGUCACUUGGAAACUCAAGAAGGCACAGAUUUGGGAGAAGUGGUCAUAGUGAACAAAGUGAAGACGAGGAGAAGACUGAGAAAGAAGAUACGUUAUCAAUGUGAGAUUUGUGGCAGAGGCUUUCUACACCAUGGAAGAUACGUAUUCCAUAAGUCUAUACAUAAAGGAGUUAAGUUCCAGUGUACAACUUGCCAAAAAAGAUUCUCGACAAAGGAAAACUUUGAAUUACAUCAGAAGAUAUCGGGUCACACUGGCGAAGAUAUAAUAGACUUUGACGAAGAAAAUGGAGAGAAAACCACAGAAGAGUCUUCAGAAAUCAGCUGUAAACACUGUGAACAAGUGUUGCCUUCUAAACAAGGCUACGAGGAUCAUUUGGCUGAAGUCCACAGUGAAGAAGUGCAGCCUUACCAAUGUUACAUUUGCCAGAAAAGCUUUGCUUUCCGAGCAACCUUGAAGACUCAUUUACUCACUCAUGAAGAGAUCAGCAGUGAGGAGAAGAAGCCCAAAAUCAUUCAAGUCCGCAAAAGAGAAAAGUGGUCCCAGGUCGGCAGUAGGGAGAAGGGCUACCCCUGUAAUCUGUGUGGUAAGAAGUUGAACCACCCGAGCUCAGUGCUGUACCAUCGUGAAGCCGAACACAACAACGGCAGACGCUUUGUGUGCAACAAAUGUGGUAAAAGCUUCAAACACAAACAGCUGUUACAAAGACAUCAGCUGGUCCACUCGGAUAUAAGGCCAUUCACUUGCAACGUGUGCUUAGCGAGUUUCAAGACCAAAGCCAACCUGAUGAACCAUCACGCGACACACACUGGGGAGAAGAAGCAUAAAUGUGAACAUUGUGGACAACAGUUUGCUCACAAGACCAGCCUCACACUGCACUACAGGUGGCAUUCUGGUCAGAAGCCGUACCAGUGUACUGUCUGCAAGAAGAUGUUUUCACAGAAGGGCAACCUCCAGGAACAUUACAGGAUCCACACAGGGGAGAAACCUUUCGACUGCAACAUCUGUAGCAGGAAAUUCACCACAUCGUCUCAGUACAAGCUGCAUAUGAAGCGACACACGGGAGAGCGUCCGUGGAAGUGUGAGUUCUGUGGAAAGUCGUUCCUACACAAGGACGCUUGGAAGUGUCACAUUCGCAGACACAAGGGAGAGAAGCCAUUCCAGUGUAACGUAUGCAACAGAGACUUUCCUGAGCAGUGGGCACUCAAGAAACACAUGAGGCUGCACACGGGUGAAAAGCCAUACUCUUGCACAAUUUGUGGCAAGACUUUUGCCGAUUGCUCAAAUCUCACAAAACACAAAAAGGUUCAUGCUCGAGAAGUGAAGGUCGUGGAGGAGGAACAGUCGGGCAUUGAAGGUGUGGAUCUCACUGUAUGGAACAUCAUACAGUCACAUCUUCAGGAGAAUACAGUGUUGGCUGACAAGGACAGUCUCAAGCAGAGUGACGAUGUUCAGCAGAUCUUCUACGUCACCUAUCAGCAGGACAACGAGGAGAUUGUACCUGAGACUGCACCUGUCAAACUCAAGGAAACUCCCAAGUUCAUCCUGCCUAACCUGAUGGGAGGAGACGUGACCCUACAAAAUGACAACAUCACUCUGCCUACCCAGCCGCUACAAGUCACAGACGACCAGGGCAACCCCCUACAGUUCACCAUGCAGGACGGCAGCUCACUUCAGAUAACCACAACGGAUGGACAGAACCUCCAAGUAACGACUAAGGAUGGACAAAUCAUCCCUGUGCAAAUAACUACUUCGGACGGACAACCACUGAGCACCGAACUGUCGUCUGCUAAUCUUGAAUUACCUGUCAACACGAUUGUAGGACACGACAUAGCAGACGAAACAAUCUCUACAUUAGAGUUCACAUCAGAAGACGGACAGAACUUUAAAAUAAUCCCCCCUUAUAUUACUGGUAGCACAUUAGACACGGAGUAUUUAAAUAUUGCGUGAAACGGUCCUCAGUGAACGACGUAGGAUUUAGUUUUUCGUCAGCUGAAAAUAUAAAUAAUAAGUCUAUAUUUUCACUGUUUUAAGUACCAUGUUUCCUGUACAAAUAGGAUGUAAACAAGUUGUACUAUUGGAGACUAGGAAUGGAUAAUGUGUUGAAUCAGUGAUAGUGAGCCUUGAAGCAUGAUUUUGUAAAGUGUUUAGGGUCUAUAGCCGUCAUUUAAUUGAAGUAUAUUUUUAGUUUUACCAAGUAAUCUAUUUUACAGUCAAUAAUUUGGUCACAUUUUUUAUGAAAAGUUCACUUUAUGACACAAAUACGCAUAAAAACACAGGAAUUACAAACACAACUUUAAUAUUCUUUAAGUCAAGAGGUUUGAGUAGUUAAAUUAAAAUUGUUUUUUUGAAUAAUUCUGUAAUAACUUUACCCACAAAAACCAACAAAUCGUAAACUCUACAGGUCAACGGGGAGCUAAUUUAAUUUUUUUUAUGUAUGAAAUACAUAAAUAAUGAUUCAUUUUGUUUGUAAUUAUGAUUAUAAAUCAGUAAAGAGAUUCAUUCUUAAAUGUUUUCAAAUAAUGUAAUCUUAUCUCAGAUAAAAACACUUAUGUUAAAAUAAAAUUAUGCAAGGGUCAGUCAUGGAAAUUAUAAUGACAAAUUUUCUGUGGACAUCCUGUUUUAUUCUUUUUCCUCUCUAUCUGGAUUUGUUAUUGUUCAGAUCAUAUCUGGUACCCAUUAUUCUAGAAAAUCCACACUCUACUGUAAUAAUAGUAUUGUAAAAAAAAAGCUUGAUACUAAUUCAUAAUGCAAGAUAGUGGUUACCUUCAAAAUGUGAUAUCAUAGAAUUGAAUGUAAGUUUCACAUACUUAUUGCAAAUCUAGCAUUAAAAAUAACCAACUUCCUGCUAAAUGCUCUUCUAUUGUGUCCACUGUAUUUAGAAAAUAUAUUAAAUCAAACUUGUAUCUUGCUGAUCAAGUUUGGAUUGAAAUAUCUCUCUCUUGUAUCCAUAAAUAAUUGUUUUUUGUUCCUUUUAUUUAACAAAAAUGUAUUUUAAGUGGUAUCAGACCUAACUCAUGGUACAUUUACUGAGGAAUGUUUUUUUUUAUGUACAUAAUUAUAGAUACAUGAUAUGUGCGUGUUUCAAAUAAUUUGUUAUGGAGCUUUCAUUGGACAAUAGUUUUAUUGAAAUGUAGUUUUAUUUUUUAUCCUUUAAAGGAAUAGUCAUAAGUAUUUGAAUAUUGAUUGAAUUUAAAGAGAUUGUACGUACUAUUUAAGUUGAAGGGCAAGUAUUAUUUUUUAUUUACAGGUUUAGAUCUACAGAUCUACAUGUACAAUACAAACUGAAUACUUUUAUAAGACUUAAAAAUUUAAUUUUUAUUUUGAUAGAGCAGGGAGUCCUCAACAGAAUAUCUCAGAAAUUAAUUUGGUUUGUAUCAAAUUUUCCUCGGGCCACAAGCAGUGGCGGCUCAUGAUCGCUUUUGGUGGGAGGGGGGGUCAGUGAAAAGGGUGAUCCAGUGGGAUCGUAGUCCUAGCAAAUAUUAUUUGCCAAGUAAUAUAAAGGAUUUGAAAUAUAAUUUGUUUUUAUACAAUAUAUUAUGCAUAAUGUAGUUGUAAUAUGUAUAUAAAUGCCGAAUUUGAACUCGUGUUACUUUGUUACCUGUUAGCCUACUCAGACUAUAAUAUAAUUUAACCGUAAAAAAUUGUAUUGUGAUAAACGGUUCAGCAAA